AUGUCUUCGAAAGGCCCCACUCGUCAAGCCCUGACCCAACUGAUUAACAAUGGCCCUGAUGUAGUAGCUACUUCACAGCGUCAACGUCGUGACCGCCGUCCCUCAGAGAGAGCGCUUUAUCAAGCUGAGGAAGACCAAGAUCGUGAUGUCCGUCGGCAAAACGUUCAAGGUAAAAUCAAGCCAACACGUAAAAGUCAUGACGGCGCCCAGUUUUCGUCUCAAAAUGUCAGCCUGUCAAAAGGCAGUGUCCCGGCCGAUGCCCUGCUGGAUUUGAGGCCUCGUUUUAGCAGGGUCCCCCCGCAAGACAAGCACCAGCCAGUCCAAACCUCGACCACGCCCGUUCAAACCUCAAGACGAGACAAGCACACACCAGUGCAAACUACCCAGCCUGGUGGCUGGCAGGAUGAUGUCCUGACCAAGCCUUAUGUCUGGUUUCAUGCACUAAUCAACGAGUUGAAGGCCCCGCCUGCACCUCGCAAGUUGACGGCUGCUCGUGCGAAGGAGCUUGUGCAGCUCCGCCAGCUGGAGUCUGCCCAUCCGAACGACUUGGACAAUGACUUGGACAAGUCUAAUGAUGGACAUGAAAACUACAAUGAAGAUCGCUACAACGACCAUGACGCAGGUGAUAGUGACGUGUUCAUGGAUGGAGAUGGGGAGGAGAGUGCUAACUGUGAUGGCUUGCACAAGCGUCCGCGAUCACCCUCAGAUAGCGAGGGCAACAGCAAUCACAGUCGCUACAAACGGAUGCGCGAUUCUGAGGACUCACCUUCGCCCCAGCAACAGCGGCUGCCACAGAAAAUCCAGAAGAGUAAAGGCCGAGUCGCAGCACGUGAUUACGAGGUAGCUGUGCAGCAGCUAAUCAAAUUUUCCAUUAGCUCGUUUUGCGCGCGGCUUGCUUCUGAGUAUGCGUACCCAGACCGCAUGACUCAAGUCUUGUGGGCGAAGGAGGCAUGGAAGGAGGGAUGUGCCGCUUAUGAGAUUGAGAUGGGCUUCAAUAGUGAGAUCAUUCAAAUUAUUACUCGUCACACAUCACAUCUCACCAGUCAGGUGAAAGGGAAGGUCCGUUCUCUUGUCGAGAAUAUUUACGGCUUCGAGCACGGCAGUCGGGAGUCGGUCAAGUCCAGGAACCGCAGACUGGCCCGUCAGCUCAAGAACAAGUUCGGUUUAUGUUAUCGGAGCCUCGGAGAUGAGAAAGCAAAGGUCCCUUGCAGCGGGCUUUUUCGCACGAAGUUGAACCAGAAAGCAGCAAAUUUGCUCUGGUACAGCAACAAGAAGGACGAGGGGGUAAUGUUCGACAAGCUAUUUACUCUGUUUCCCGUUCCUGCCUUGGCAUUAGUGUAUGCAGCGGCAGAAUGUUGUGUCGACGAAUGGGCCGACGGCGAGCGAAUAGAUAUUAGUUUUUCGUGUGGCGAGUACAAGGAGGCUUAUGACAAGCACCUUACUAACCUCAAGAAAUUCCAUGUGCAAACGAAGGACCACGGCAUUCUCGAUGGUAUCCUGAAGGAGAUCAACGAUAAUGGGAGAAUCCACGCAAAGGUAGAUCCGGCUGAUGUCGGAGAUGCAGACUGUCUCUCGGAUGAUGAGAUUCACAAUGCCAUUCGCGAAUACCAGCAGGGGAGUGGUGUGAAUGAGACUGAUGAUGAGGAUGAGGAUUAUGGUAGUCAAUCUGAGCACAACGGAUGCGAAGACGAGUAG